CCAAAGAAAAGGCUGACGGCUGAACACAAAAUAAAGGCUUUUUGAAACAUCAGUACGCUUCACCAUUGUCUGGCUGGGGGUUUGCUACACUGCGUAUUGCAAAUGGAACCAUCAUCAGACAAAUAACGCAACCUGCUACCGGCGAAGAUCAGCGUGAUCACGUAGAGCUGCUCGAAAUCUGCGUUAGUCGACAUCACCCCGACAUCCGCUGACGUCACUUCCUGACUUCCGAAAACAUGGCGUUACUUCUAAGGAUGGCAGCCCGACAGGGUCUGUAUUCAUCACGUGUACAACUCUGCAGGCAUGCUGUUCCCAUGGGAACCUCAGCAAAAGAGGAAAUGGACAAAUUCUGGGCUAAAAACACUCGACUCAGCAGACCUAUUUCUCCUCAUGUAACCAUUUAUAGGUGGUCAGUCCCCAUGAUGAUGUCAAUCACUCACAGAGGAACAGGCAUAGGGCUCAGUGCAGGUAUUUCUGCCUUUGCGGCUGCUGCACUAGUGUUGCCAGGCAGUUUUCCUUACUACCUGGACCUGGUCCACUCGUUCUCCAUGGGUCCAGCACUUAUCACCGCAGCCAAAUUCGCCCUGUCCUUCCCGGUGGCCUACCACACUUUGAAUGGAAUUCGACAUCUGAUGUGGGAUGUUGGGAAGGGCUUUAAGAUCCCCCAAGUCUACCGUUCUGGCUACAUUGUCAUUGCUCUGACCAUUUUCACCUCAGUCGCCUUGACUUCACUCUAAACCUGAAGAAUUUGUAAUGGAGGAGAAACAGAAGGAGAAUUAUGUUUUUUGUUUUUGUGUCUGUCCUUAUGUCCUUUGUGGCCCUGACUUAUUAAUAAAGUAAAUUAAGAAAUAUAUAUUUA